CGUUCGCAAUUCCAUUCAUUCCAUUUCGAUAGUGUCCGUUUACCGAAUCGGAGAUGACUUCCAAGCAAUUUAACUUUAAAUUUGUUGCAGCAUUGUUUGCAUAUUGUGCAUUGGUGCAUUGUGAUAGUAGCUUUCCAAACACAAUUCCUCGAUGCAAAUACGCUGACGUGAAAUGCCUUCAAAGUAUUAUGAACAAAGUGAUUCGUACAUCACCAGAAGGCGUACCGGAAAUCGGUUUGGGUUCAAUCGAUCCUCUUUACAUUGGUAAAACCGUCAUGGAACAAGGGGCCCCAACCAGUCCGGUAAAUGUCAGAAUUAGAAUGAAAAAUGCAACAAUGAGUGGAAUAAGAAAUUUUGAUGUCAACAAAGUUAUAGGCUUUGAAAGAAAUCCAAAUACUUCACGGUUUGAAAUUCAUGGUUUCGUCAACAAAGUCACCGUACUGGGAAAUUAUCAAAUGUCUGGAAAAGCUCUCGUUGUACCAGUUAACGGACAUGGAGCAGCAAAUAUAACAUUCAUCGACACUGCUGUUAAGAUGAAAUUUCUAACACAUACGGAGAGGCGAAAGGAUGAGGACUACGUAGUGUUGGACCAAGUGGUCUACAAUAGCAUAUCUAAACGAAUGUCGAUGAAUUUUGAGAAUUUAUUCAACGACCGACUGAUUAGUGAGAAUAUGAACAAUUUCUUUAACGAGAACCAAGACAUUCUGUAUAAGGAACUGGGACCGGCUCUGGAUAAAGUAUUUGGAAAUAUUAUCAAGAAGAAGAUGGAACCAAUAUUCCAGAAAUUCGCUUACCGUGAAUUUUUCUCAGACUAUCGUCAAGAAGUGAAGAAAAUGUUACGCAUUCGGACAAUCAGUGUUUCUAUCAUCAUUGUUGCAUUUACCUCAAUCUUUGUUAUCUGCGAUAAAUUACCUGAUUCAAUAAAGAAAUGCCAUCCGGGCGAUACUGAAUGCAUCGCAAUUGCUUGUAAUCACAUUCUACAUAAUGUGACCAAUGAUUUUGAAAUAAUUUCAAUCGAUCCAUUUCACAUACCAAUUUUAAGACUGGCACCUGAUCUCACUCGACCGGUUAACAUCGACUUUAAUAUCACUAACAUUGAAAUGUACGGUCUGCACAAGUUCAAUAUUUACAAAAUUAGUGGAUUUACACAAAAUAUUAAUGGCGCUAAUGAAAUUCACCUGAAAGGGAAUCGAUUGAAUUUGAUUGGAAAGUACAUUUUGCAUGGUCAAGUAUUGAUACUACCGGUGGUAGGUAACGGAGAUGCAAACGUUACCAUAAUCAAUCCAGACAUUCAACUCAAAUUUACUGGAAAACCGAGUGUAGUUGAUGGCAAAACUUAUAUGCAAACUGAGGAUAUGAAAGUUUCAUUUAAUGUUAAAAAAUUGGUCUUCCAAUUCGACAAUCUGUACAACGGUGAUAAGAUUCUCGGCGCAACCACCCUACGCUUCGUCAAUGAAUACUGGCGAGAUAUUUAUCUGGAUAUAAAGCCAGCAUUGGUUCGAACGUUUGAAGAGGAGAUUCAGAAAAUAGCCAAUGAUGCGAUGGCAAAAUUACCGUUUGACGAGUAUUUUUUGAAAUAAAUUGGCUUUGUGAUAAACG